AAAUGUUACCCAUUAUCAUUUUCUUCGUCCUUGUUUGUGCUCAUCAGUAUUGUACCGCAGAAGCACAGUCAGACGACUCAUCAGAAACAUUAUGGGACUUGUCUUCGCUUGGUGUAGUUCUUGAAGGCCUCAUUGCAACAAUUCUCUUACUUUUCAUCUUUGUAUUGUUCCUAAAACGUUUCAGAUACUCACAAAACGACGUAGCAGAGAUACCAAAGUCUGAAAAUGACACUGGUAUAAAUCCUCAACUACUCCAAACUUUCCCAAUUGUAUUGUACUCUUCCGUAAACAAACAUGUUAAGGAAGGUGAUGAAGGUCCUCUACCAUGUGCCGUGUGUCUCGCUGACUUCAAUGACAACGAUAACGUUCGAGUUUUACCUCAAUGUGAUCAUUUCUUUCAUCCUCCGUGUAUUGAUGCCUGGCUUUCUACUCAUGUUACUUGUCCUGUUUGUCGUACUGAGCUCAAUCUUCAACCUUCCUUUCAGUUUGCCAUUUCUGUUAAUACACAAAUCAAUGGUUGUGGUGGAAUUGAAAGGGUAUAAUUAAGGUAAGGACUAAGGACUAAGGCUGGCUGCAACAUCAUGAUUAUUCAAAGAACCCUUCAUUUUUAUUUACAGUGAGCUGAUAUUCAUUUGAGCGUGUAUUUGUAUUAAUAGAAAAAAAAUAUUCUAUGAAUUUUGUUGUU